ACCGACUACCGUUACCUACAGUUAAGUACAUUUCUUCUAGCUAGGUACAUGUCCUCCAGCCGGAUACAUGUCUUCCAGCGGGGUACAUGUCUUCCAACCGGGUACAUGAUUUCCGGAGCAAGGGAGCUUCGACCUAAUCUCCAACCCAGCUACCCCAGAUUGCAAUCGUGGGGGAAAUCCUCUUGAGUACAUAUUCUGGGUCGUGCCAUCUUUCUCUUGUUUUUUUCUGGAUCUGUCACUCCACUACUUACCCACACAUUGCUCCAGUAUUAUCACCGAUCAACAUGUCUACAUCACCUAUCAAGACGUUCACUGAACAGGGCGCUGAUCAUCUGGAGAGGGCCCAUACUACUGGGAGUAUCUCGAUGUCUCCUGAGUUGUUUGAGCAGUUGUACUUGGCGCCUCAUAGCCGAGUCAAGGGGGAUUUGCGACAGAAGUUGGGCAACCCGACACCAUUGGCUUUGGGAGGCUUCCUUCUCUGUACAACUCCCGCGUCCAUGUCGUUGCUUGGAUGGGGAGGUGCAGGGGGUUUUGGAGCUGGUGCAAACGUCGGCGCUUACUUUUGGCUCGGCGGUCUUCUUCUCCUCCUAGGCGGCAUCGGCGAAUGGAUUCUAGGCAAUACCUUUCCAUCGGUCGUGUUUGGCAUCUUCGGCGGCUUCUGGUUCACCUUUGGUUCAACCAUUGUUCCAGGAUAUAAUGCUUAUGGUCUUUACUCCAAGACUGGUACUACUGCAGAUGGCCUUAAGGAAGGCGAGUUCUACGCGACCUUCUCGUUCUUUCUGAUCUCGAUGGCCAUUCUAUGUGCCAUCUUCGCCAUCGCCAGUAUCCGGACGAAUGUGGUGUUGUUUACUAUCCUGGUCAUUCUGGUUCCUUGCUUCUCCUGCCUUUCCGCCUCCUUCUUUGCUGUUGCCAACGGCGAAUCCGAUAAAGCCCUUACAUACCAACACGCUGGUGCUGCGAUCCUUUUUGUUGUCUCACUUCUGGGCUGGUAUAUCUUCUUGAGCCAUAUUCUCCUGUCGGUUGACUUCCCUUAUACUCUCCCACUUGGUGAUCUCUCUUCUAGAAUCCCUGGUGCCACCAAGAUCAAGAAGGACAUUGACUCCGAGGAGGAGAAGGUAUAAGUUUUAGUUGGUAUACAGAUAGUACAGUGGCUGUAUCGCGGCUCUUUGACUAGGUCAAAUUUGUAUACAGGGAGUUACAUCCUUGGCCAAGACGGAAGGGACAAAAUGGGUAGAGAUAUUAGGUUAACGCAAACAACAAUGACAGAACUGCUGGGAUGAUUUUGUAAUGAACAGUAGUUAAGGCUAAAGCUUGCUUUUUAUUCUGUUUAAUACUGCAACUGCUUGAG